AUGACGCAGAUGGUUAUAAUAAUUGUCUUCCUCACUGGAUCACUUUCACUUGUUACUGUUAUUGGGAACAUCUUAGUUCUGUUGUCCUUCAAGAUCAAUAAGGCGCUGAAGACUGUGAACAACUACUACUUGUUGAGCUUGGCGUUCGCUGACCUAACCAUUGGCACACUAUCAAUGAACUUGUAUACCACCUACAUCAUCAUGGAUCAAUGGGCUCUGGGACCUGUGAUCUGUGACCUGUGGCUUGCAAUUGACUAUGUAGCCAGUAAUGCCUCAGUCAUGAACCUCCUCGUCAUUAGCUUUGACAGAUAUUUCUCUGUGACCAGGCCUUUGACCUAUCGUGCAAAGCGGACAACCAAACGAGCCAUGACUAUGAUUUGUUUAGCUUGGUCCAUAUCAUUCAUUCUUUGGGCCCCAGCCAUACUAUUCUGGCAAUACAUCGUUGGUGAGCGGACAGUGCCACCUAAUGAAUGCUUCAUCCAGUUUCUAUCUGAGCCCAUUAUUACAUUCUGCACUGCUAUAGCUGCAUUUUACUUGCCAGUUACUAUAAUGACAACCCUGUUUUGGAAGAUCUAUCAGGAGACAGAGAAACGUGCUAAGGAUAUACAGGGUCUUAAGGGCUCUGGUACGGGAAACAGACAGAUUCAAAAUCACAGGAGUGGCAGUGGUGUGACCGAGACCCAAACGGAAAAAUCUGACACAAGUUUAACAGAACAAAUGAGUUCUGCCAAUGACAAGCGCAAAGAGCAAAAUGUACAGCCUUCAGACACUGACGACAACACAAGUAUUCCAAGAGGAUUGGGAAGCAGAGGGUUAUGUGGAUUAUUCCUCUUCCAGUUUUCAUCAUAUUUCCGCCAGGUUUUUAAAAGCGCUGAUACCACUACCACAGCAGAGCAGACUGGCUGUGACCAUUUAGAUAACAAUGAUCCUUCAGAGGAGGAAGAGGAUGUAAAUGAUGCAGACCAAAUGAGACUUGCGACAGAUGAAAGGAAGACUAAAACUGCAAAAGACAAGGACAGCAUACCAUCAGAGUCAAACCAAUCACUGCCUGCUGGCUUAUGCCCUGGAAAUAACUCCAUAAGAGAUGCGGCCAUGACGAAAAAGUUGGCCUCGAAAGCCAAGACAGAGGUUAACAAGCGCAAGAAUGACAAAAAAGCAAAUGACAAGAAAGCAGCACGGACGCUUAGUGCCAUCCUUUUGGCCUUCAUUACGACUUGGUUGCCAUAUAAUAUAAUGGUCUUAGUUAACACCUUCUGCCAAGACUGUAUCCCAGGAAGUCUUUGGGCACUAGGCUACUGGUUGUGUUAUGUUAAUAGCACAGUCAACCCUAUGUGCUAUGCCCUGUGUAACAAGACUUUUCGGACAACGUUCAAGGAUAUCUUAAUGUGCCAGUGGAAUCAAAAUAGAAGAAAGGUUCCAUUUAGUAAGAGGAAUACUGAAGCUUGCCAAAGGAAAGAUCAAAUGUAGACCAGAAGUAUGAUUAAAAUAUUAUGAUUUAGAAACUGUAGUAGAAUGGUUAGAGCGGAAACAUAAUAUUUGAGAAAGGUCAAACGGGGACAGAUUCUGCUCAGACGCACACGCAUCCUCAUAUACAUCAAGACAAUUGAUCCAAUUUAAUUUCAUGUCUUCAAAACAUUUACUUACUUUAGCUUUUAGAAUCCCAUUUUCUUUUUUCUACUGCACUGCCGGAGUGGGGACGGUAACAAUAUGUUUUGAGGUCAAAUUGUAGUCGAUCCCCCUUUUGAAACAUGGUCCAACCCAUGCGUCAUUUUAGCAAAAGAAAAGACGUCGGGGGAGAAAAGGCUAACAGUCAAGGCCCAUUCAAACGACAUUGUUGAAAGUUGCCCCACACUGUCGCCUAAUAGCCCAUUCAGCAGGAGGAGAUAACGAGUGAAGGUCACUGAGAGAAAGAGGGUGUGGACCAGUGGAAAGGGAGGAGGUGAAGUUGAAUGAAAGAACGAAGGAAGGAAAAACAACAACACCUGUUGCUUUGUGAGCAUUCUGGGUGUGUCAACAAUUGCCUGCACCUGAGCAGGAGAAAGCAUUUUCUCUUGAGGAGUGAGGAUCUGUCCUAGGAACUUAACCUUUUGUGAUACAAACUGCAGUUUUGAUAAAGAUGUUUUGUGGCCUUCUGACGCAAGAUGUUUUAACAAAACAACUUUAUCAGUUUCCCAUUGUUCUUUGGUGAGAGCAGCAAUCAACAAUCAACAUAUUGUAGCAAAGCUGUGUCUGGUGUGAGUGUCAAAGGUUCAAGACUGUGGGCAAGUGCCUCAAAGAAGAGGGUGGGACUGCAUGUCAGUCGUUGACACAAGAUACAGUACUUAUAUUUAACCUCGUGGUGAAAGUAAAAAAAGAAAUCCUCUUAUUUUAAGAUGACUGUCGUAGUAAGUGCAAAUAGAAGAAAAGGUGGUGAAAACAGACGAGAUUUUCUUUUUCGAGCGACAAAGGGCUGGUCUGAAAAAUAUGUUGUGACGCCAAAUUCGAAAGCGAGUUUAUGGAAGGAAACGUGGAUAGAAUUGAAGCUGAACUACUCCAAGCGUCACAUUCCACACAGGUCAUUUGAAAGCAAUUAGGAUUGUACGCAGCUGUAAGUUAAGAAAUUGGGAUCGAAAAAUCGUUGGGGGAAAGUGCCAAAUAUAUAAGGAAAGUUGACACUGGUAAACAAAUCAAACCUGGAGAACGUUAAGAUUGUCAUGGACAAUGUUCUAUUAGCCAUCAAUGCAUCCCUGAUGUCAGUUUAACAAAUUCACAACCACAUGGCAAAAUACUUGAGUAUACCAGAAAUCUGGUGUAGCAAGUUAUGCAUUUUUUUAAUUCAAUCAGUCAAUGUAAUGGAUCCCUACAUCAAUUAACAAGUAAUGUUAAAGUUCCCCCUUGGCACACAUUCAUCAUGGCUGACAGCACAGAAUACAGUGCACAAAAAGCUGGUUCUGUAUUUUAAAUACAGAGGGCAAAAUAAUGUUCAUCAUCACACUGGGAGCAUCAUUCAGCUGUCAGCAUGCACUGCAAAACAAUAUUAUGUAAGCAAUAAUUUAUCCAUCAAUUUUCUGAGAGGCUUAUCCUCAUCUAAUUAAAGCAUAUUCCAGACAGGUGGGACCAGGAUUCAAAACCCUGUCCUCAGAACUGUGAAACUCUACAACUGUUCUACCAUGCCGCCACCAAUAAUUUAGUGUUACACCACAAAAAAAUUGGGGAUAUGAUUGUGAUUUAAAAAAAUAAAUGAAAUGAAUUUAGGAACAGGAUUUCAAACAUAUACCUUAUAGUUGGCUUGGUUUGGUUAGCACUGCAGUUUUUUGUGUAGUUAUAAGAACGUUUAUUGACAGUUUCAUUGUAUGUUAAAAUUGUUUUUAAUAAAAGUGUUCUGUUGGGAAUUUA